CUUUCAUGUGUGCCACUAUUUGCUUGAGAUAAAUCAAUCGAAACACAUCAAUAUCAAAACAAAAACGAAAGUAGGGUUUUUCCAUUCAGAAUACAUGAAAUGCAUAAACUUUAAGGACACGUAGUUUAAAAAUGGCUGGAGUGGAAGAUGUUGAUAUUGAGCCAAGGGAAAAAGAAUUUGAGAAGGUUAAGGAAAGAAACACAGACUUGUUGAUACAAAUUGCACAGUUAUGUAACAGGCCAGACCGCACCUAUCCAGAAGUGGUGUUUCUUCUUGGGACACCAGGGGCUGGAAAAAGCGCAAUGGUAAACACCAUGGUUAAGGCCCUCUGUGGAAAGUAUUAUUCAAAGGCGUUGACAGGAAAAGGACAAGCUCAAACCAAGACGCUUACUCUCCAAAGCUUUGUUCAGUGCGGGAUAAAAAAGUACGAUAUGGAGCCGCUCGAAAAAGAUAUACUUAAAAAAGGUCUGAGUAAACUGCCAACUAUUAUAGACGCAGCAGGGAAAGGAGAUGAAGAUUCGGGCCGUUUAAAGGAGAUUCUUAGGGCAUACUUUGGAGGCUAUGUCUCGCCUGGAACCUCGAUUCAGUUUUUAGACGAUAAGCAAAGCGAACAUGGUAUUGGAUCAUUACAAGACCAUUUAGAAUGUUCCGACGAAAAUAAAGUCACAAAGGUGAUUUUUGUUGCCAGCUGCCAAGAAUCCUUUCCGGGAAACUUGGUGGAUUGCCUUCAAUCAGUUUUGCGAGAGUAUGAUGAUCGAAGUGGGAAGCCAAAAUAUCCAGUUGACGUCUUCGUUGUAAUAACAAAGUACGAUCUGGUUCAUGACCAAAAGCUUUAUGAGGCACAAACUACGGGAGAAAAGAUUGUUACAGAAGAGGUCUUCAAAAAGUUUGAGGCAAAGGUUGCUAACCAUUUCAGCAUGGAAGGGUCAAUGGAAAGCAACUGUUUUCGAUGGGUCAGUUAUGUUGAUGGGCAUGGCUCCGACAAUCCUUAUAUUGACAACAUUGCACUUAGGUUCAUUGAAAAGAUGAUGCACCUCAGACGGGGUCAUGAUUAUGGGAAACCAACCAAGAAAGCAGCAGCAAGCAAACUUAAAUCAAAGAAAGAGUCUAGAGAUAUGGAAAUAGAUGGAAAUUGGAACGGUGCGAUCACAUUUGGUGUUGUAGUGGUGAUUCUGGCUAUCAUGAUUUACUAUUUGCUUACAAAGAGAGCAUACUAGAGGAUUGCCCUUUUGAUUUCCUCGCCAAAAGAUGCCAACCGACUAUAUUGUGGUCAGAUUCCGGAAGCCAGAUGUAACAAAAAUACAUUAAACUGACUUGCAUGAAAUGACAAUAAAUUGAAAUUAGACAACGCAUAAACGUUUGACCAAAACUCAUAAAAGGUUCAUUCAUCCUUUAUUUACAUAUGUAUUGAUCUGAGUUACCUGAAUAUUUUAAGGAUAACACCAGGACAAUAUAUGUGAAUGGAAUUUUGACAAAGAUUCAUGACAAAGUGCCAUGUUGUUAAUUAAUCAAUAAAUACAUAUACUAAUGACUAUAAGUAAACAUAUAUACUUUUUUACUAUAAAAGUUUUGUUGGAAUCUGGUGUCACACACUUAAGUCCCGUUUUACAUCAAUGCUGUAAGCUGUUUUGCCUUUUUAUGUAGACAGGUUAACUUCACCAAAGCAAUACGUUUUGUUAUGUCACUUGUGCUGUCCAUGUAUUUGUAAUUAGUUAAGUCCAUGUAAACUUCAUGUAUGUACAAUCCUUUGUAUGAGGUCAUGUUUUAAACUGGUUUCAUAUAUUUAAGAUACAAUUUCAUUUUUCGAUAUGUAUAUCUUCACCUCUCUAGACUAACUUUCUGUUUGUCCUCGAACCAUUCAUUACCUAAAUAAACCCCAAAGUGUGAAGGUACAAUUUGUUAUAAAACAUUCAGUUUAAAAUAUAACUGUCUGAGAAGUGUAUCCUCGUUAGUUGUUUUAUGUCACUACAUAGUUUACUUUUAAUUGUUUGUAUUACAUUACAUCUAAGUGUUAAUCCCAUCGUGUUUUCUAAUUUUGUUGUUCCAUUAUUGGGGAGCGGCUAGUGUAUUGUACCUAAUCCUCAAAUUAUUAUGAUGAUGUUAUUAAUUUAAAAUUUCUUUUAAAUGAUGAUGUGUGUGUAUUUAUAUAUGCACCACCAUUUACAUAUGAUAUAGUGUUAGGAAUCUGUCAUAUUGUAUGUUUUUGCAAAUGAAAGAAACAUUUGGGUUUGUCAUAUCGUUUGUUUUUGAUAUGAUAAUUAUGUGUUAGGAAACUAUAUAUAGCUACCUUAUUGUGUUUUUUUUUAACCUGAAAAGAGCGUCUUUAACUCGCGCCUGCGCUUUACCAAUACCAGUGCUGAGGGCGCCCUGUUGCCUCUUAUCGUAAACAACGCCAUAUUGGUAUAUAUUUUAUUGUUAACAUGCUGACGUCAUUGCAAAGCACUUUAUCUUAAUAUAAUGUCCAAUGAAAUGUGAAACAUUCCUAUAUCGUGUGAUAUUCUCGCAUUUUCUUUGUUCAAUUUUCCAAAAAUAAAAUGGCUAAAAAAAUUAUGUAGAAUGCAUGUUGAUCCAGUUUUAGACCACUUAUGAGGAUAGUGAUUUCAGUGACGGAAAUAAUAUUGACAUAUAUUUUAUUAUCUUUUUGACAACAAAUAUUACACAAUUUUCUGUAAAACGUUUUGAACUUUACAUAAUUUAAAUACAUUUGUAUGACAAAUCUAUCGCAUGAAGUUUAUGUAUUUACAGUGUACAUUUGAAUAAAAAAAAACAUAUUGUGUAUACAAUUCA